ACACUGUUUAGUACAGGGACCGACGCUGCUCUCACAGGAUGGAGAGAGCCCGACUCACUGCCAUUACUGUCUGGUCACUUCUAUCUCUUGUUGACUCUGAGGCUUUGACCAUCUCAGUGAGUGAGAGGCGGAUUAAUGCAGCAAUCAGAGACCCUGUGCUCCUGUCAGUGAGACCGUCGGAGAGGGUGAGGAGUGGAUCUUGGAAGCACAAUGGGUCAGAUGUACUUCUGUGGAUUAACACAACAGCAGACAUUAAUAAUGUUUACACGGGACGGGUGGAAUUCUUACAGAGUAACAGCUCCCUCCUGCUCAAAUCAGUCACUGCUUCAGACAACGGAGAGUACUGCGUUACCAUGAACGCAUUCGUUGAUGCUGUAGCAAAUACAACAAUCAUCCUUUCUGUGUUUGAGCCAAUCUCCUCUGUGUCUAUUAUAUCCAAUGUUUCGAACACAGUGAAAGAGAAUGACACAGUGUCCCUGAGGUGCCAUGUACUGGGAGAUUGGACCGAAAUAGUUUGGCUCUUCAAUGGGAGUCUUGUCAACAGCAAAGGGAAGACAAUAUUUUCCUCAGGAAAUGCCAUGUUGACAAUAAUUCAUGUUGACACAAGCAAUACUGGCAACUAUCGAUGUAUUGCACGUAGUCCUGUGAGUGAAAAAGCAAGCGAGCCCUAUUCCUUGAGCUUGGACAAUCAUACCAGUUCAAAGGAUAGCAAAGGAUACUCAGGAUGGAGUAUAUGGCUUUUGGCGAUACUCGCACCAUGUCUAAUGAUAUGCUGUGUGGUCUUCACCAGGAACAGAAUAAGCUGUUGUGAUCAGCAAUGCUCCUGCUCGUUCCUCAGCAGGUAUUUAUUCUAUUUUUGGGUGUCGUGCUGUAACCGAAAAGCUUCGGACAACAUCACUGACAGUGGGGAAAGCGGCAAUCUUGCAGGCACUUGGAUGGCAUGUUGUUCCGCAAGACUGAAAAAGGAGUGUGACUCACCUUGCAUUGAGGAACCCAGGACCCUGAGUGGCCUUUCCCUGUCUUGCUGCAGCAGUGUGAUAGGAGAGAAGAAUGAAUUCCAGGAUGAAACGAAAACUGAAAUUUAUCGUGGCAUCUUGCUAUCUUGCUGUAGCGGCAGGUCACCCAAUGGAACAAAGAGGACAAGAAGGCAUUGCUGUGGUACAUGGAUGUCUUGCUGCAAAACCAGAUUAAAAGAUGGUAUUGAAACCAGUACUUUUCGUGGAUUGUGGCUGUCAUGUUGUGACCGCGGAUUUGAAAAGGACGAACAAUCACAGGAAUACAAUGAAACCAGAGAACUGUGUGAUUGCUGGGUAGCAUGCUGCAACAAGGGGCAAGAGGAAUCCAGAGAUGUGUAUGUUAACCCCAUAACUUGCACCACAGGGCAGCAGCAGGCAAGGCAUUUCAGGUGGACAUCAACAGGCAGCGAUGCUGCUAUGGAACAGCCUGGACAAAGCAAAACUUGUGAGAAAAAUCCAGGAACAAAAUCACCAUCAAAGGCAUUUCCCAUAUAUGCUGCAGUUAAGAAGAAACGCAGGGGAAACGAAACUGUUAACCUUGGAAAAGGUCCACCUGCCUCCAAGGUAACCACAAGACAAUCCCUCCAUACCUGGGAUCAUCCGAGUGAACUCAGUGAGGUAGCUCAGUGUUCAGCAGGAAAGGGGCUGAGUGAACUUCCCUGUCAUUAUGUCGACCUGCAACAUCCAGACACUGGCUCCAAAUCCAGCGAUGUAAUUCCCACCAAGCAUGCACCCCAAUAUACUUCUCUGAAAUUCUAACCACUGGGAUGUCUUCACCAGACCCUGUUUGUGUAUUAUCUCUGUUGCACCUCUCACUUUGGAAAUUUGCAUGAUACUCCAGGACCAUUUCUGAUACGUGGAUGUCAUCAGAAUUCCUUCACCUGCCUCUGCCAGAUUCUUGCCCGAGCCAUGAAUACCCGCGCCCUCUCUCUCUCUCUCCUAUUUAUGGAGUGUGAAAGCCAGCCAUUUGGCCCAUCGAGUCCACACUGACCCUCUGAAGAGCAUCCCAUUCAGACCCA